AGCCCUCGGGUUGGAAAAAGAAGGAAGAGAGGUGAAAAGUGGUUUUCAUGUGAAAGCAAGCGAGUGAUUUACAGUUGAAGUAAGAAAAGGAGGUCUUCCCUUCUUAUAAAUACUUGUAUAAAAGUUUGAGUGUUCCUGUUAUUGGGGGUAGUAGUUCAAGAUCCACAUCUGAGUGUCAUUUGAACUUCCUUUUCAGAGAAUGAGAGCCUAACUCACCGACAUUUCCUCCUCUUUUAAAUCCUUUCAUUACAUUCCCGUUUCUCUACCAUAAAUUACUUUCUUCUUCAAAUUAUAAUCUUCCAUUUCCUUUUUUUUUUUGGGUUUGAAUCAAACAUCACAAACUCACUGAGUGAAAAAAAGUUUGUCUUUCUUAUUUUUUUCACUGGUUUAGCAUUGCCUUUCUUUGUCAUUAAGAAACAUUGUUCCAGAUUAGGGUUUGAAGAGGUGGAAAAAGAGAGUAUAUAAUAACAUCAUAAUACUCAACAACUAUGUUUAAGCUGUCGCCUCGUAGUAGGGGGCCAAGAUCUAACAAGGGUUUCAAGGUAAAGCAUGCGUUGCAAUUGAUUCUGUUGUUGGGCGUUGGAAUCUGGCUAGUAUACCAAAUCCAGCGCUCGUACAACAAAGACAAGACGUAUGGAGAGGGAACGAAGGUCUCGGAGAAGUUAGAAGAUGGGAUUGAUAAAAUUAGGUUGGGAAGGAAGGAUCUUCCUGAGCUGGAGGAGACAUCAAACUCGGAUGAGAAGAAUGAUGCGGAAGAGGAUGAGGAGAAGAAAAUCGAAAGUGAGGAUGUAAAGCCAGGUGAAAAUGAGGAUAGAGGAGAACAAAUGGAUGAGAAACCCGAAGAGGGAGCUAAGGAUGAGAGCACGGAGAAGCAAAACGAGGACCGCAUAGAAGAAAGAGAAGUGAGUAAAGAAGGAGAGGAUGAAGGUAGGGAAAGUGAGAAGGAGAUUGAAGAGGCGAAGGAUGAAGAGAGGGAGCAAGAACAGAGUAAGGACAAGGAAAACGACGUAAAUGAAAACAAAAGUGAAGAGGAGCAGCUAGAAGAGAAGAAGGAAAAUGAAGCUAAGGAAGAGAACAAGGAGAAUGAAAAUGAAGGUAUGGAAAAUGAAGAGAACAAAGCUGAUAAGAAGGAGAAAGAGGAAAGCAAAGAAAAUGAAAAUGGUAUCCAGAAGACUGAUGAGAGUGAAACGAAUGAGAAUAAGGAAGAGAGCAAAGUGAGUGGAAAUGAAGAAGGGAAGGAGAUUGCUGGAUCUCAGGUGGAGCAGAGCAAAGAGAAUGAAGAAGCUAAAGAGGAAAACAAAGAAAAUGAAGCUGCGCAGAAUGAAGAAGCUAAAGAGGAAAAGAAAGAGAAUGAAGCUGCACAGAAUGAAGAAGCUAAAGAGGAAAACAAAGAGAAUGAAGCUGCGCAGAAUGAAGGCCAAGAAAAGGAAAAAGAAGGCAGGAGGAAUGAAGAAACCGAAGCAGAAGAUAAGGAUGCUAAGAUUGAAAAUUUGGGUUCAUCAGGUGAUCAGGUUCAAGAUGGAGUCAAGGAUGACAGAGCUGCAACUGAGGAACAGAACAAGGAAAAUAGUUCGUCAACCUCAGAGCUGAAUGCAUCUGAACAGAAAGAUAGUAAUGAAGAAGUGUUAGAAAAUAAGAAAGAGAAUGAUGCAACAAAAACUGAGACUACUGAAAAGCAGGACUCUUCACAAAAUGCGGGUGAUCACCCCACUGAAACUGCAGAGUCUAGUGAAGACAAGCAAUCAAACAGCACUACAUUCAGUGAUGAAACAUUUGCCUCACAGAAUCAAAAUGAUGCCGCAGAUAAUGCAAGCUCUAAAGAGGAUAAUUCCAAUGUGCAGGAAGUUGUAUCUGAGAAGCCUGAGAAAAUUGAAACAGGUUCAAGUGACAAUCAAUCGGAUGCAAAAUCUGAUCCUGGCUCGAAGAGCGAGGACACAAAUAAUGUUGAAGGUGGAGGUUCUUCAGCAGAAGGUAACACAGCUUAUGCGGAUACAUCUGGUCAUGAGGGUGCAAAUGGCGAGAAUCCAGAGAGAACUACCUCAGGAAAUUCUCCUGGAACAAAUGAAACAACUGAAUAUAACAACCAAGAUCAAGUUCAGUCUUCCCGUGAUUCAAACUCCCAGAAGAAGAAAGAGGAAGAAUCAAAAGUAGAUGACAGCCAAAAUGCAGAGAAACGUGAACAAGUUGACUCUGCCAACAAUUCAGAUUCCAAGCAGCAGCAGCAGCAGCAACCACAACAAGAACAAGAGCAGCAGCAACAGCAACAGCAACAACAAGAAGAGCAGCAACAACAACAACAAGAGCAGCAACAACAACAACAAGAGCAGCAGCAACAGCAACAACAACAACAACAACAACAACAACAACAACAACAACAAGAGCAGCAGCAGCAACAACAACAACAAGAGCAGCAGCAACAAGAAGAGCGACAGCAGCAGCAAGAGGAAUCAUCAAACUCUAAUGAAAACUCAAAUACGGAGCAGCAUGUGCAAGUUGAAUCUUUAAACAGCUCAGAGUCAGAAGGCCAGAAAGAGGACACAACAAAUGUUGAGCAACAUCAUGAAGCCGAGACUUCAGUCACUCAAGAUGUCAAAGAUCGAACUGAUUUAGAAACUUUACCAGAUAGUGAUAAUGAAGGGAGCAACAAUAGAGAUGCGAUUGCAAAGUGAUGAUUCUGAUUAGGCGUUUGCAGUUUCAUGUUUACCCCCACUUGAAAGAUGAGUUGCUUUUAUUUUUCCUUUUCUUGAGAAAGUGAGGGCUGGUUAGUUUGGUACCAUAGCAGUGAGGAAAUCAAUGGCAAAAGUAAAACUAUGGAGAUAUGUAGAAUAGCACAAUUAUAUAAAUUACUAAUUUUCACUUGUUUGGUUUUUAUGAGGAAAAUUAUUGAUGAUAAGAAUUUCCGUA